UGUCAAUCAGAACUCUACUACUACAAGCCUAUCGUUCUCUGAAAGUCACGUUCACGAUACCCAAGUUUCUCCAGGUUCUGGGCCAUCAGCCUCUGUCCUUGAAGCAGGGCCUCCUUCUCCGGAAACGCCACACAGAACCCUUCCGCGCAUGCUACGUAACCUUCGCGGGGAACGAGUUUACAUUGGCAAAGCUGCCUCCCUGUCAUUCCUGCAGCUGGUCCGAGACACUGUGACACAGUGUAUUGGGCCCUCGCAAUUCUCUCACAAUAUGAAAAGCGAGGACAUGCUAGAGACAGAGUCAUCAGAUGACAUUCCGUCUGAAUUAGAUCCUGAAAUCGAUUUGCGUCAGCAGCGUUACUAUAUUCAGGCCUACAUCACAGCAACAAGCGGCUUCAUGAAUGUCCUCUCAGAAGCAGAAGCCAUGCAGCUUCUGGAAACGCCGCCUGGACCGAACACCAGACAUAAGGAUAAUAUAGACCAAACAAAGCUAGCUCUGCUGAGCAUUGUGAUCGCAGUUGGAGCGCAAGCCUCUAAGCCGCAUCCGUCAGCAGAUCGCGCUGAGAAGUUCUUCUUUGCUUGUGCUCAGCGUAGCGCGUUUGCAGGGAUGCUCGAAAACCCAAGCAUGGAUCUGGUGCGCCUUUUUCUUCUCCUGUCAUACUAUAUGCUAGGCGCCUGUCGCAGAAACGCUGCAUUCAUGUACCUAGGUGUGGCUGUGCGCGCUGCAGUGGCACUGGGACUACAGCUUACCGACCUCGCGGGAACCGUCCCAACAACGGAACAAGAUCUCAGAGCACGGGUUUGGAUGAGUCUUUGUGUGCUGGACUUGCUCGUUAGCUCCAUCCUCGGUCGAGCAGCUGCGACGCCCCCGAUACGCUUGGACUCAGGGGACGCCUCUAUCACAUCCUCAACCACCAACAGCCAGGCUCAAAGGAGCUUGGUCGCUUCAUACAGAUUAUCGAACAUUAUAGAUGAAACUAUCAGUGGCCUUUACGGAAAGCAGGCAGCCUCAGCUGAUGCAGCCGACGUUCUCUUGAAGAAGCUAAAAGGCUGGAGCGAUGACCUCCCUGAAUCACUCUUAGCGCCCCCUGACAACGACUACGAACAGCCUAUGGCUCACCAGCACAUCAUCGGCAAUCUUCACGUCGCUUGCACCUAUCACUUUGCCGUCAUCAUAGUGACACGCCCCUUCUUGAUAUCAGUACUCGGCUUUCGUCUAGCACAGUUGAAUCGCAGUCCCAUAGGUGCCGACACAGAUGGAGUCAAUGAAGAACCGGCAUAUUCUCAGCUGGCGGCAGCUUGUACUGACUCGGCCGUAUAUAUGAUUCAGACAUGUUCGGAAGUCUACCAAUCUCAUCUGUUGCUGAGUAACAUGUGCAUUCUCAAGGCUUUUAUAUUUGCCGCCGGACUAGUGCUGGGAUUUUCAAUGUUUUCUCGGAAAGAAGCCGACCCGUUGCAAGAGGAAACUUAUGAUGAAGCUCUCGACAUCCUGCGUAUGCUUUCUGAGCGAUCCGCUCAAGCUGCUCACUACCUCGAGAUCCUCAGUCUCCUUAGAAACGCCGUCUACGAGCAGCGUCAGCGCCUCGUACAACACACGCAGCAGGUUGGACGUCGAUACGUCAGCAAGCUUUUCAGCCUCAGCGAUCGCCGUUUUUCAACACAAACUCAUACUGGCGCAACCGCUUCUUCCAGCGAGGAGAUUUCUGAUAUACCACCACUCGGAUUUCUUGAUCCGUGGCCAGGCAUUGAUGGCUUAACGGCCUUGGAUCCUGCGACCUACGGUUCAAUGCUCGCAGGCUGGGCUGGAAUGGAAUUGCCACUAUGGGAUAGUUUUCCAUUUAAUGGCCCGACUAUGUGACAAGGGAAAGGAUGGUUUGUACGUGCAAGGGACUAGCGGAUAAUGAAAGUACUCGCGGGAUACUCUUCUUGUAUGAAAUAUG